AUGGAAAGUAGAGAGAAUACAAUCAGGGUGAAGGAAGAGCCAAACCAUAAUUCGCGAGAUGCAGGUGACGAUCAUGUUUUCCAUCCGGUGGACUCCAUUAAAACCGAAAACGUUGAGACUUUGCCGUUUCAUGAACUAUCGGCAAAAUACGAGAAUGAAGCUUUGGCGUCACAAGAGAGGUUAGAUGAAAAAAUUUUUAUAGAUUUGGAGUGCAAAAAUGUAAAACCCGAACAGACGUCUCUAUCGACAUGCAUCUGCAAAUCUGAAUAUCGAACCAAUUCCAUGAAUGAAAAAUGUCUAAUAAUUUUGAUAAAAAAAGGAUUUGAUUAUGAUAAUAAUCGUCAGUUUCAUAAAUGUAAUAUAUGCCACAAGACAUUUUCAUGCAAAGGUGAUCUCAAGUCUCACAUAAAUGUGAUACAUGCUCGCAUCAAAUCAUUUGAAUGUUAUAUAUGUUGCGAAACGUUUGGAUACAAAUAUACCCUCAAAAAUCACAUAAAGGCCCAUCAUAUUCGUAGCAAACCGUUCGAAUGUGAGAUAUGUCACAAGUCAUUUAGCCGUAAAUAUAACUUGAAAAUUCACAAAAUCACUGUACAUGAUUGUAGUAAACUCUUCGAUUGUGAAAUUUGUCACAAAUCAUUUGGAUACCAGUAUAAACUCAAAACGCACAUAAAUACAGUGCAUAACCGAAGCAAACCUUUCGAAUGUGAGAUUUGUCACAAAUCAUUUGGACUCAAAACUCACCUUCAGCGUCACAUUAAAGCAGUACAUGAACGUAGCAAACCCUUUGAGUGUGAUAUUUGUCACAAACCAUUUUCUUCCAAGGCUUCCGUAAAUAUUCACAUUAUUUCAAUACAUAAUCGUAGCAAACCAUUUGAAUGUGAAAUUUGUCACAAAUCAUUUGGACAAAAAGGUCACCUUAAAUCUCACAUAAAUUCAGUACAUAAUCUUAUGAAACCUUUCGAGUGUGAGAUUUGCCACAAACCAUUUGGACUCAAAACUCACCUUCAGCGUCACAUUAAAGCAGUACAUGAUCGUAGCAAACCAUUUGAAUGUGAGAUUUGUCACAAAUCAUUUGGAUACAACAGUCACCUCAAACUUCACAUCGAUGUAGUACAUAAUCAGAGCAAACCCUUCGACUGUGAGAUUUGUCAUAAAUCAUUUGGAAUAGAAUGUGAAAUUUGUCAUAAAUCAUUUGGACAAAAAAGUUACCUCAAAAUUCACAUCAAUUCAGUUCAUGAUCGUAAAAAAUCCUUCGAGUGUGAGAUCUGUCGCAGGUCAUUUUCAUGUAAAGCUGGCCUUGAUAAACACAUAAAUACAUCAUUUGGAGAAAAAAUUUAUGAUUAUGAUAAAACAUCGAAUUUAAAAAUUAUUCUGAGACAUUUGAAUCCAAUGGUAUAUCCAAACUGA